AUGGUUUCCCAAUCCAACGAUCUACAAGAUGAAGAUGAAUGGCUUGCUGACAGUGGAGCCAAUACUCACGUCACUAUUGACUUGGAGAAUCUAACUCUGCAGCAACCAUAUCAAGGUGAUGAGACAGUAGCAAUAGAUGAUCGAAAUCUUAACGACAACAACAAGAAGCUCAAAGAAUUGGGAGAGUUGUCGGUGGAGAGGCUGUUUGAGAACCAAGAGGUGCCGUCGUGGAGGAAGGAGCUGACGGUGAGAGCCUUCGUGGUGAGCUUCAUGCUGAGCAUACUUUUCAGAUUCAUAGUGAUGAAGCUCAACCUCACCACCGGGAUCAUUCCUUCGCUCAACGUCUCCGCCGGUCUAUUGGGGUUCUUCUUCGUGAAGACAUGGACCAAAUUGCUUCGGAAGUCCGGCUUGUUGAAGCAGCCCUUCACCAGGCAGGAAAACACUGUCAUCCAGACCUGUGUUGUCGCCUCCUCCGGCAUCGCCUUCAGUGGUAUGUGA